AAUUGCGAGUGAACUGUGAUACCAACAUGUUUCCAGUUGCAACGUCUCUUAACGUUACCGACACAAUCUAUCUUCUCCACUCUACUUCCUCUUCUCUGCUCGAACCGUCCCUCGCUCUAACACAAAAUCCACCAUUCUCAAGCGACCCUUUUGACCCUGAAGUGACUUUACCCGAUUAACGAAUGAAUAAUUAUCAAAUAUGAAGCGCUUCAAGAGGAAUCCGGGGAACCGCUCGGAUCCUGAUGGGCAGAGUACUGUGGGGGAGACGGAAAGAAAAUGUGGGUUUAACCCGAUGAGAGUUAUGGGUGGUUUGGUGGUCCUUUUGAUGGCUCUUUCAGUUGUGUUUUCAGCAUCUGUAGUUCUUAGAGACCCACCAUCUGAUAGUGCUUUGGAAUCUUCACAACCAAAAGUUAUUGAAAUUGAAGAAGAAAAAGUCCUAGGUUCAGAAGGUUUCUCAAAGCCUGCCGGGGUCCCUCAGCACAAGCUACUAGGUGGUCUCCUUGCUGCUACGGUCAGUGAAGAAACCUGUCUCAGCAGGUAUCAAUCAGUCGCUUAUCGCAAAGAACUACCACAUAAGCCCUCUUCUUACCUCAUUUCUAGGUUGCGAAGUUACGAAAUUCUCCAUAAAAAAUGUGGACCACGUACAGAAUCCUACAACAAAACGCUUGAACAACUGAAGUCUGGACAUCAGCCUGAACUCUCUGAUUGUAGUUACGUGGUAUGGAUCUCCUUUAGUGGACUAGGGAAUAGGAUUCUGACAUUAGCUUCAGCAUUUCUCUAUGCUCUUCUCACAAACCGAGUCCUACUUGUGGAUCCUGGAGUUGACAUGGUCGAUCUCUUUUGCGAACCAUUCCCAGAGGUAUCCUGGUUUCUUCCCUUGGAUUUCCCCCUGAAAGGUCAAUUCAACAGCUUUAAUCAGAGUUCUCCUAGCUGUUAUGGAAGAAUGCUGAAGGAUAGCAUUUCUAAAAAUGUAAAUAGAUUGAAGCCAGCAAGUCAUGUGUAUCUCCAUCUAAUUCAUGAUUAUGAUGACCAAGAUAAGCUUUUCUUCUGCGAUGAAAAUCAAGAUUUUCUUCAGAAAAUACCUUGGUUGAUAAUGAAAACAGAUAACUACUUCGUUCCAUCUCUCUUCUUGAUGCCAUCUUUUGAGCAAGAAUUGAAAAAUCUAUUCCCAAAUAAGGAAACAGUUUUCCACUUCUUGGGCCGAUAUCUAUUUCACCCCACAAAUUCAGUAUGGGGACUUAUUACUAGAUACUAUCACGCUUAUUUAGCUAAAGCAAACGAAAAAGUAGGCAUCCAGAUCAGAAUAUUUGAUUCUGGCGCUGGUCCGUUCCAAUAUGUGUUGGAUCAGAUCCUAGCUUGUGCUGUGAAGGAGAAUCUGCUGCCUGAAAUCAACAGGGAGGAUCUCAUCACCAGUCAAUCUGGAACCAAGUCUAAAGCUGUUCUGGUGACAUCUUUAAAUUCUUGGUACUCUCAGAAGAUGAGAAGCAUGUACUGGGAACAUCCAUCUACGACAGGGGAAUUAGUUGGUAUUUACCAGCCAAGUCAUGAAGAGUAUCAGCAAACAGAAAAGCAGAUUCACAACAGAAAGGCAUGGGCAGAAAUGUAUUUACUGAGCUUAACCGAUGUGCUGGUCACAAGCUCUUGGUCCACCUUUGGCUAUGUGGCUCAAGGUCUUGGAGGGUUGAAGCCAUGGAUACUCUACAAACCUGUGAAUCAAUCAGCCCCUGAUCCACCCUGUGGUCCAGUAAUGUCCAUGGAGCCUUGUUUCCAUGCACCUCCAUUUUAUGACUGCAAGGCUCGGAGAGGGGUCGACACUGGUGCACUGGUACCUCAUGUGCAGCACUGUGAGGACAUGAGCUGGGGUCUCAAACUUGUUAAUGCUAACGAUGGAUUAUAGCCAGUUGGGUAGUGUGCUUGUUGUGAUCAUACUUAUCCAUAUUGUUUUUAAGUUGUACAUCAAAAUCUGCAAUACAUUUUCGUGUAUCUUAAUUUUUUGGUAAUAAUUCCCGUGAUUCUUCAGUA